GCCGGGCUGCCCGGGAGGCGGAGACCGGCGGGCUCCGGAGCCCUCCCGAGGCGCGGCGUUGGAGGCCGUGCGGACCGCGGCCGGAAAGAAGCGGGAGACCGGCGGGGCGGCGUGGGCCCGGCGCCGGGGGAGCCUCGGAGAAGCUGACUCGAAGUUUCAGUGUUGUCAGUGAGCCUUUGAAAUUCUAAAUCAUGGAGACCAAUCAGGAAACGUCCCUCUUCUUGGUGAAGAUCUUGGAGGAACUGGACAGCAAGCAAAACACGGUGUCCUACCAGGACCUGUGCAAAUCUCUGUGCGCCCGCUUUGAUCUGUCCCAGCUCGCAAAACUGAGAAGCGUGCUCUUCUACACGGCUUGUCUCGAUCCCAAUUUUCCAGCCACGUUAUUCAAAGACAAGAUGAAAUGCACCGUGAAUAACCAGCAAUCAAAGAAAAUCAUGGUGGCUGCAGAUAUCGUGACGAUAUUCAACCUGAUCCAAAUGAAUGGGGGCGCCGCCAAGGAGAAGCUGCCCACCGGCCGGCAGAAGGGGCGCAAGAAGGAGGCGUCCUUUGACUCGUGCCGCUCGGACACGGAGCUCUGCGGCGCGGCCGAGUGUGAGCCCCUGAACUGUGAGCUGAGCGAGAGGCCUUUCAGCCGGGGCUACCCCACCAGGCAGUUGUCCAAGUGCCGGAAGAUGGACUGCAAGGACUGCUCGCAGUUCGUCCCCGCCUCCGAGCCCAACUUCUUGCUGGGGGUCAGCAAAGAGGUAAAAACCCGGGCGGCCUCCCUGGACAGGCUGCAGGCUCUGGCCCCGUACUCGGUGGCCAGCCCCCAGCCCUGUGAGAUGCAGAGAACUUACUUCCCCAUGAACAUCGAGAACGAGUCCAUUUCCGAUCAGGACUCCCUGCCCCUCACCCAGGGCAUCAAGGAGACUUUCAUUUCGAACGAGGAGCCCUUUGUGGUCCAGUCCUGCAUCCAGAAAAGGAACAUCUUCAAAGAGGAUUUUCACAACCUGAUGACUGUGUCCCCCGGGUUGGCUGGCCCCUCUAACAAGGCUGAGGGUGAGCACGGGGAACCCCAGAGCCGAAAAGAGUCCCACAAGACGCCUUUCUGUAAUCACAGCUUUGAGAUGCCCUACAACAGCCAGUACCUGAACCCCAUGUACUCCCCUGUUCCUGACAAAAGGCGGGCAAAGCAUGAAAGCUUAGACGACCUUCAAGCUUCCACGUAUUUUGGACCCACUCCAGUGAUGGGGACCCAGGAGGCCAGGCGCUGUCCGGGGCGGCCCGGCAAGCAGACCCCAUGGCCGGCCAAAAGCUGGAGCCUAAACACCGAAGAAGUCCCUGACUUUGAACGGUCCUUUUUCAAUAGAAAUCCCUCUGAGGAGAAGCUCCGCUAUCCGAAUGCCAGCAGCCAGACCCCCAAUUUCCCAACCCCAGACAGGCGCCCAGCUUACCUCACGCCAAAGGAGCCACAGCCAAUUCUCCCCGUCGGCUAUGCGGCCAAACCAAAUGGGCUCAAAUCUAAAGAGAUCUCGUCCCCUGUUGACAUGGAGAAGCAUGAACCGGUCAAGAAGUUUAAAGACAAGAGCAUCAGCUGCAGCGGUGGGCAGCCCAGCUCAGACACCAGCAGUGUGGGCACCCAGACCGAGCAGCACGUGCUGGAGCCGAAGAAAUGCAAAGACCUGUGUGCCUCAGGGCAGGGCAAGUACAGUGACAGGCACGCCAUGAAGCAGUCGGAUGACGACUCGGAAAUCGUCAGCGAUGAUAUCAGCGACAUUUUCCGCUUUCUUGAUGACAUGAGCAUCAGUGGCUCGACUGGAGUGAUACAGUCCUCCUGCUACAACAGCACAGGGUCCUUGUCUCAGCUUCACAAGUCGGACUGUGACAGUUCGCCGGAGCACAACCUAACCAAGAUGGCCAAUGGGCUCCCCAGCAGCAAAGGAGAAAAGGGCAGCCGGCCUGAAAACAGCCACCACUCGGAAGAGGAGCUGAAGACCAGCGUGUGCAAACUGGUGCGUAGGAUCGGCGAAAUUGAACGGAAGCUUGAAUCGCUGUCAGGCGUCCGGGAGGAAAUCUCCCAGGUCCUGGGCAAACUCAACAAAUUGGAUCAGAAAAUGCAGCAACCCGAGAAGGUGAGUGUGCAGAUAGACCUGAAUUCCUUGACCAGCGAGGCUCUGUCCGAUGAGAGCACCUCUCCCCAGAUGUUCCGGGCACACAAUGGCCCCCACGGGCCCAAACUGGAGAACACCGCCGACUGGUGCUGCUCGGAUGCCAGUGGAAGCAACAGCGAAAGCCUUCGCAUCAAGGCCUUAAAAAAAAGCCUCUUCACCAGGCCAUCCUCCAGGUCCCUGACGGAGGAGAACAGUGCCACAGAAUCCAAAAUCGCCAGCAUCUCCAACUCUCCCAGGGACUGGCGCACCAUCACUUACACCAGCCGCGUGGCCGUCAGUGAGGAGGAGAUCAAAGACAGAGGCCCCGGAGAGACUAAGGACUGGCAUCGCAAGUCUAAAGAGGCUGACAGGCAGUACGACAUCCCCCCGCAGCACCGACUGCCCAAGCAGCCCAAAGACGGCUUCCUGGUCGAGCAGGUGUUCAGCCCUCACCCCUACCCCACCUCCCUCAAGGCCCACAUGAAGAACAACCCUCUGUACACAGACAUGCGGCUGACGGAGCUGGCCGAGGUGAAGCGGGGCCAGCCUUCCUGGACCAUCGAGGAGUACACCCGCAACGCAGGCGACAAGGGCAAGCUGACAGCUCUGGACCUGCAGACACAAGAAUCUUUAAACCCAAACAACUUAGAAUAUUGGAUGGAAGACAUUUAUACUCCGGGCUACGACUCAUUACUGAAACGUAAAGAAGCCGAGUUCAGACGCGCCAAGGUCUGCAAGAUCGCUGCUCUGAUCGCCGCGGCCGCGUGCACGGUCAUCCUCGUCAUUGUCGUCCCCAUCUGCACCAUGAAAUCAUGAGCCCCCGACGCGCUGUUGCAUAUGGCUUCUGACUACCGACGUCUCCCUCUAUAGUUGAAAAUCACGCGGCGGUGUGGCCACAGUUUGUUGAAACGGAGAUGCGAUCGUGGAGGCUUUCCUGCAAAUGCUGCUGACGGUCUUCAGAAAGCAUGCAUUCUAGAUAGAGAGCUACCCACCUAUUAGCUUUGACUUAAUGACACAAGGAUGACUUUGAAGAAGUGCAAUAUCUUUUGCUACCAAAAGAAUGUAAUGGACUACCAGUAGGUACCAAUUGAAUUCCAAGCAAAAAAAAAAAAAAAAAAAAAAAGGAAGAUUAAUUGGUUUGGAUUCUUUCCAUUUGGAUGAAAUUUCAUGGCAGGGAAUGUGUUAUAGAGGAGAUAUUUAAUCCAUGCCUCGUGUCAGGGAGCUAAGGGAGACAGCAAGAUGAGAAGGAAAAAAGGACAGGUUUUAUUUUCCUUCACGUUCUUAGACCGCUGCAGGCGAGGUAACAGGGUAUGUAUUCAGAAAGGGUGUUACUUGUCUGCUGACUUUUCUCAAGGGCUACCGACUUGUCAUUCGUGCCCUUCUGUCAUCAUUACACUCUUCACAGCGGAUGGAUCAUCAUGGAAACAUUCUGCACCUUUUCCCUUGUGCCCAGGGUAGGAAGGCCUGAACGGCCAAAUCGGGCCUGGCACAAAGAGUGCUCUCUCUGCUUCACAGGCCAAGGGAUUCAGGUCCGGAGACCUUCCCCUGCCCACCCGAGGUGUGGGAGAGCUGCUUGCUAACGACGUACGAUCACAUGAGAAGAUCGUGGCGUCCCAAAGGGUCUCCCGUCUUGCUCUGGGGUGUCGCUCCGCUCCUUAAGCUUCGAGCUCCCGGCGGUACCAGGUGCCCUGCUUCUCACACAGGAGCUGGAGAAUUCGGAACUUGUCCUUGUGCCUUGAAGAGUAGAGACAAUGGCUAAACUUUGGCAUUCUAACUCUAAACCAUGGUUUCUGCGCACCACUACGAUCAGCCCUUUCCAAUGGCUUUAAAAAAGGUUUUGAAAGCUUGCCCAUAAUAUGAGAAAGGCACUGAGGUGUUCUCAGCUACUCCGACACCUACUCCAGAGUUUUGAAUACUUGUCAGCAGUGCAAAAAAUAUUAUCUAUUUAACCGUUUAUCUAUCUAUGUACAUGUUGAUCUAAAUACCUAAUUUUGGUCUAUUGUCUUCUCUGUUAAAUAACUCGAGAGCAAGAUUUCUCCAGUG